AUGUGGCCCGGAAUGACUACAACAAUUCUCCUACGAUGCGAAUACACGCAGAACCUUACCGUCUAUUUCAAAGUACUGGUAGAACGACCAAUUAUUGUCAAGUGCCUGAAUCCACCAGGAGUGUCUAUCAUACAACCAAACCUACCAGCACCAAACAUAGCAGACAUGCUUGAGAUCAAUGGUCUGACACAGGCUGUCAUUCGAUUUCUCAACGACGAGUUUCGAAGCUGGCAAGUGGUACGCACUAUUAUUUGAGAGGCGGAUAGCUGAUAUUUUUUGGGUCCCUACAUUCGGCUAUUUUUCCAAAAGGUCAUGGAUGUUUUAUCAACCUGUAUCUUGUGAAGAAUGGGAAGGCAGCAGAAGGAAACACUGAUCCUGAGUUCAAUUCAGUGGAAGAAGAAUCUGAUGCUGAUUCUAGUUCUGAUUUGAACACUGAGACGAUACCUAUGUCUGAAUCAAAUUGA